UGCAUCCGCUCGCGUCCUGAAGAACUCAGGUAGGUGGGUUUCCUCUGUUGUGUCUGUCAGGUGACCUCUGACCUUUGACUUUCUUACUGUUGGUUGUGAUUUAGCAUUUCUUCCGUUUUGUUUCUGAUCCUCUUAAAGGUUUGUUUGUAGAAAACAGCAGGCCAAUAUGCUUAAUUACCUUCAAAUAUACUGAAAUAUGUUAAAUGUCAUGCCUGACUGUCUCGUCAGCUUCGUAUUAUUAAUCAGUAUCAGAAUACUUCUAAAACGUUACCUGGCAGGAGCUGGAGGGGCACCUGAUUACAGGAGUACUUUAAGCUUUUCUUCUGACCAUCUGUUUAAAUUAUUUCAACUUUGUUUUCUGAGGAAUCUGUUUCAGUUUGGUGUACAGCUCUAAAUACUACAUUACCCAUGAGCCUCAGCAGCUGUUGCUUUGGAGAAGAAGUGGUGUAACUACCAACGUACCUGGGUAACCACCAGCGUACCUGUGUAACCACCAACGUACCUGUGCAACCACCAACGUACCUGUCGAAUCAGCAACGUACCUGUCGAACCACCAACGUAACCACCAACGUACCUGUGUAACCACCUAAUCACCAACGUACCUGUGUAACCACCUAACCACCAUUGUACCUGUGUAACCACCAGCGUACCUGUGUAACCACCAGCGUACUUGUGCAACCACCAACAUAACCACCAACGUACCUGUGUAACCACCUAAUCACCAACGUACCUGUGUAACCACCAGCGUACCUGUGUAACCACCAGCGUACCUGUGUAACCACCAACGUACCUGUGCAACCACCAACGUAACCACCAACGUACCUCUCGAACCACCAACGUAACCACCAACGUACCUGUCGAACCACCUAACCACCAACGUACCUGUGCAACCACCAACGUAACCACCAAUGUACCUGUCGAACCACCAACGUAACCACCAACGUACCUGUCGAACCACCAACUUAACCACCAACGUACCUGUUGAACCACCAAAGUAACCAUCAACGUACCUGUCGAACCACCUAACCACCAACGUAACCACCAACGUACCUGUUGAACCACCUAACCACCAACGUAACCACCAACCGUGUAACCACCUAACCACCAACGUACCUGUGCAACCACCAACGUACCUGUGUAACCACCAACGUACCUGUGUAACCACCAACGUACCUGUGUUACCCAUCACCUGCCUGUUUUGUAUUUUAAUGAAUUUCUUUGAAUUGUUUCAGCUUCGUACAAAACAACAAGCAACGAGACAAACUCAGGAUCCUCUCCCAUCAUGCCUCAGGUGUCGUUCGUUCCUCCCUCGCUGUGCCUCACCUUCCUUCCUCUGCUGGACCGCCUCCUCCCCUCCCUUCCCUCGACCGUCCGAGACGUGGACGUCCCCCCUCUGUUUAGGGAGCGGUUCAUCCUGUCUGGGUACCGUCCCGUGGGCCUGUCGUGGCGCUGUUACGUCCUCAGCCUCUUCCAGAUCCACAACGAGACUCUGAACGUGUGGAGCCACCUGCUGGCUGCCGUCUGCGUAGCGCUGAGGUUCAUGGCGUUCACCGUUCUGCAGGGAGGGGGGAUACUGGGUUUUCGGCUCCAGGGUCCAGAGGGUCAGGGGUUUUCUGUGGACGUCUCCUCGCUGCCUCUGGUUCACUAUGUCUUCUCCGCUGUCACAUACCUGAGCUGCAGUGCUACGGCUCACCUGUUGCAGUCCCGCUCGGAGCAGGCGCAUUACUCGCUGUUCUUCCUGGACUACGUGGGCGUGGCCGUCUACCAGUAUGGCUGCGCUCUGGCUCUGUGCCUAUACAGCUCCGACAGUGCCUGGACACAGAGCAUGCUGGGACAGGUCUUCCUCCCGGCCGCCGCCCUCCUCGCCUGGUUCUCCUGCGCCGCCUGCUGUUAUGCGAAGCUUCGUUUCCGGCGGCCGUACCCGCUCCACAGGAAGCUCUGCCAAGUGGUGCCGAUGGGCGUGGCCUACCUGCUGGACAUCAGCCCCAUCGCCCAUCGUCUCAUCACUGGCAGCUGGGCGAGCAACUCUGCACUGCCACUGCACUGCCUGCAGGUGGUGCUGUUUCUGCUGUCAGCCUUCUUCUUCUCUUGCCCCAUACCUGAGCGCUUCUCCCCCGGCCGCUUUGACAUCGUCGGCCACGGCCACCAACUCUUCCACAUCCUGCUGUCCUUCUGCACGUUGGUCCAGCAGGAGGCGCUGUUCCAGGACUUUCUGUGGCGGCGGCCGGCGCUGGUCAGGGAGUUUGGAGAGGGGCGCCUCCUGCUGGCCUGCGCCUCCUUCCCCUGCCUGACGGUCUGCUGCACGAUGACGGCACUCGCCAUGAGGAGGCGAGCUCAAGCUCAGCUGAUGAAAGAGCAAAGAUAGAAGAGGAGGAGGAAGAAGCAGCAGCAGCUGUGACUUCAUGAACUCCUGAGGGAUUUAUUUAACAUGAGCUUUUUGUAAAUGUGUGUGAGUGCUUGUGUCUGCCUACGUUUGUGUGUUUGGUGUCGGUGCCUCAUCAUCAGAUUCAGAAUCAGAAAUACGUUAUUGAUCCUCGAGGGGAAAUUCUUUAAAUUGUGUUGAAUCAUGUUCCUGAAUUGGUUUCUUACCGACCUUGUAACUCACAGACUGACUGCCAGACACUAAAAUGCUAAACAGAGCUCCAGGCUAACUUUUUGCAUACAUUUUUCUUUCACGUGCACCACCACAAAAUUUAGGAGUAACCAAUUUUUCCCCAUUACCUUUAGCACAAUAACAGUAAAUUUUAACCUUCUGUCAUUUCCCGUACACAUUGACAGUUGUGUAGAUUGAUGGUAGACAGGAACACGUCCAGGUAUCGGAGGGUCCCUGCUGGCCAGCCUAGCGCUGGUGUUUGGGUGGACGGUUCCUCCGACCUGUGGGUUCGCCCUCCAUGGCCGUUAGGGCAAGCACGGUGUUUCUCAAACCCUGAGCGAAGCCUCCCACCAGAGGCUGCGACCGGCUGCUUAACCACAAGCAGAUGACCCGAUGUUGCUUAGCCCCUCAGCUCCGAGCGCUACACCAGGCGCAGGCAGCGUGGCGGGCGUGCCUCAUCACCCCCGGCGUGUAGGCCGUUACGAUCGUCCGCUCUUGGCGGUGCCCAAGGGCGUACAGCUUACCUACCUUGUUGAUCCUGUCAAUAGCAUUUGCUUGUCUUAAGGAUUAAGCCAUGCAAUAAGUACACACAGCCGGUACAGUGAAACUGCAAGUGGCUCAUGAAAUCAGUUAUGGUUCCUUAGUCGCUCUAACGUGAUGUAGAUAACUGCGGGGUGGUGAUGGAGCAGUGGAUAAGACACAUGCCUUUGGGGUGAGAGACCCGUGUUCAAUCCCCCACUGUGACAUCCUUGGUGAACAAAAAAUCUCCUCCUCGAAUGCCAUUAUCAAUCAAGUGGCUCUCUACCUCGCUGUCAUUCCUUUUCUUCCACCGGACUGCGAGCUCUCUUCUGAUUUACGUACGUGCUACUUGUCCGUACAGACCCACGAGAGGACAACGAAAAACAGUUAGCAAGUAUGAGCUAACCUCUGUUGCUCUGUUCACGUCUGCAAGACAGCUGCUGCUGCGUGUGACGUCCUGUUCUUCUUCUGGGCAUGCGGGUCACUUUCAGGCUGUGGACAGUUCACGCUGGAGUCUGAUAUGGGCCAAAUUUAAACAAUAAAGUGAACUGUUGAACAAGAAAAUCUGAUCUGGGAAAAAAAUUUAAUGGAGCAUUAAGGCCUGCAGUCUGAACGCAGCCUAAGAGUCUAUAGGGAGAUGUUGGGCGAGCAGCAGCCACCUGUCAAUCAAAGCCGCCACACCCCUAAUAAUGCAGAACUUUAAGGCUUCAUUUAAUUUAAACGGUUGAGUUAUAAACAGUUUUCAUGAAGGGCAAAAUUAGCUAUAUAAAUCUGAACCAGGCUGUAAACAUGUUUAUUACUGCUGUAAAAUUGGGCCUUUUAACAUGGAUCCCUUUUGGAGGCAGCCUCAGAAUUGCAGUGUUUGUUAGUUCCAGAUUGGCUUCACCCAGGAGACCGGAGGGUUGCCGCUUGGUUUCAGGUCUUCUUCUACACAGCAUGAUGUUCAAAAUGAGUUCCAGCUCAACAACUACAGCAGUAAAAUCCUGAUUUUACAUGAAUGCAUGAGGAACAAUGAUCUGAUAUAAUAUAAACUAGCAUAACAGUCUCAGGGGAUAAAGUAUUGUAAGUUUUAAUACUUUAAGUACAUUUUCCUGAUUAUACUUACAUGCUUAAGUAACAUUUUUACUUUUACUAACAGAGUACUUUUACAGUGUGGUAUAAGUACUUUUACUUGAGUAAAGGAUCUGAAUACUUCAUCUACCACUGAAUAAAUGUCCUGUUGUCUUUA